GGUAGGAAGAUGUCUCAGCGGCCUGACACCAAGGCGCGCAAGAUCAUGAGCGACGAGGGCCUGUGUGUCAACACCAAAAAGACAGCUGGCCACGUCCCGGGCCACCCGCCCAGCAACAGGUACUUCCUGCGUUCAGAGAUGGGCUGCUUGGGCGUCCACUUCCCGCCCUUGACAGGCAUCGACUACUGCACAUCCAAGGAGAUCCCAUCUGGGUGCCCAGAGUUUGCAAUCAGCAUUGUGAACUCCGGCUGCUAUCAAGAUGACGAUGACAAGGGCGAGCAGCUCAUAUACACAGGGCAAGGAGGGUGCGACCUGCUGGGCAACAAGAAGCAGGUGUCAGAUCAGGUCAUGAGAGCAGGCAACAAGGCGCUGGUGGGGAACAUCGAGCUGGGCAUUCCCAUCAGGGUGGUCCGGAAGAACAAGGAUGCUGCUAGCGAGUAUGGCAAUAUCUUCAUCUAUGAUGGCCUCUACGAUGUGGUGAAGUACUGGAGUGAGAAGGGAGUGGAGGGCUUUGAUGUGUUCAAGUACCUCAUGAUCCGGCGGCCAGAACAGGCAGAGCUGCUGAGCAAGAGCCUGGCCUUUGGCGGGACGAGUGCGCCCAAGAACCACAGCAUUGACAAGGACAUCUCCAAUGGUCUUGAGAGGAUCCCGGUGAGCUCCAUCAACCGUGGUGUGAGCCUCCCGCUGCUCCGCUACAUUGUGGAGUACGAGUUCGAUGAGAACAUGCCGCAGCCUGAGCCGCGGGUGCUGCCUGCCAACUUCAAGAACAACCCACAUGACUAUGUGAAGGAGCUCAACGGCGGCUCUAUGCCCUACUCCAAGAACAAGAACAACCACUUCAUCGUGGACUGUGCGAGGGCGAUGAUCUUUGAGUGCGGCCCCUGGACAGGGUGCCCAGAUGGCAUCCACUGUGGCUAUGCUGUCAGCCAGCAGGGGCUGCAGUGGCGGCUGGAGGUGUUCAAGACACGGUUCAAGGGGUGGGGGGUGCGCUCCUGGGACACCAUCCCCGUGGGCUCCUACAUCACCACCUUUGUGGGGCGCGUGCACCGCAUCGAGGACUGCGACGGCUCCAAGGACGACACCUUCUACUUCGACCUGGGCAAGCGCACCGACUUUGGCUGGGACAACAAGCCCAUCGAGGAGGGCCAUGACAUGUGCGUCCUGCGCACAUCUGCCUGCAACCUGGAUCAGGAGACCAAGUACUAUGUGGAUGGCGGGGAGACUGGGGGCAUGUCGCGCUACAUCAACCACAGCUGCGACCCCAACCUCUAUGUGCAGCCGGUGCUCUGCGACCACGCCGAUGUGGACAUGCCCAAGAUCUGCCUCUUCGCUGCCAAGAACAUCCCGCCCUUUGAGGAGCUGACCUAUGACUACGGCCCCCAGUACAUCCGGGAGAAUCUGGACGGCAAGUGCAACUGCGGCGCCGUCGGCUGCCAGGCGCCUGCUGAAUGA